CCGAGUUGCAUGCCGGGAGCUGGGGGCGGGGCGGGGCUGCUCCAGAGCUUUGCUUGUGACAACUGUGUUUUCCAGGACCGCCGCUCCAGAGGUAGCGCACAGGCUUUUGGUUUAGAUCUCCACAGAGGGAGGAAGCCUGAAGAAGAAUGGCCAGCUCCAAUUCUCAACAUAUGGUCUGUGGGUCAGUGACAUUUAGGGAUGUGGCUGUUGACUUCUCUCAGGAGGAGUGGGCCUUCCUGGAUGCUACUCAGAAGAUCUUAUACAGGGACAUGAUGUUGGAGACCUACAGCAACCUCGUCACAGUGGUGGGAAGUUGCAUUUCCAAGCCAGAUCUGAUCACCUUACUAGAGCAGGAGAAAGAGCCCUGGAUGGCUGUGAAGGAAGAAACAGACAGGCUGAGCCCAGAUUUGGAGGCAGAUUAUGAUGCUGGAACUAUAUCCCCAGAAAGUCCUGUUAAUAAUAGAGCAUCUCCCAAACAGAGCAUAAAACAAUUAAGUAGAACUUUUGACCUCAAAGGCUCCAGGUUUAGUAAUGGCCCCAACUAUAGUACAUUCAAUGGACUACAGGGUUAUCCAGAAGGAGAUGCUAGUCAACAGAUUACUAACAAGGAAGAAAUGCCUGCUUAUACCAUCCAGACUCUUGCUCACAACAUAGAAAAGACAUAUGAAUGUAAAGAGUGUGGGAAGUGCUUUGGUUGUAGGUCAACACUUACUCAACAUCAGAGUAUUCAUACUGGAGAGAAGCCCUAUGAAUGUAAGGAAUGUGGGAAGGCCUUCAGACUCCCCCAACAUCUUACAAGACAUCAGAAGUCUCACAGUGCUGAGAGACCUUUCAAAUGUAAUGAACAACAUCCCAACCUGCUGAAGUACCAUAAAACCAUUCAUACAGGUGCAAAACCAUUUGAAUGCAGGGAAUGUGGGAAAUCCUUCAACCGUGUCUCCAGCCUUGUUGAACAUAGGAUUAUUCAUGCAGAUGUAAAACCGUAUGAAUGUAGUGAGUGUGGAAAAGCUUUUAAACGACACAGAAGUUUUGUGCGCCAUCAGAAAAUUCAUUCUGGUGAGAGACCUUUUCAGUGUAAGGAUUGUGGGAAAGGCUUCAUUGUUCUGGCUCACCUCACUAGGCACCAGAGCAGUCAUAGUGAAGAGAAGCCAUUUGAGUGUGAGGAAUGUGGCAAGAAAUUCAGAACUGCCAGACACCUUGUUAAACACCAGCGCAUUCAUACCGGUGAGAAACCCUUUGAAUGUAAUGUGUGUGGGAGUGCUUUCCGGCUUCAACUCUACCUUUCUGAGCAUGAGAAGACACACAUGGAAGAGAAAUACUUGGAGUGCAAUGUAUGUGGCAAGGCUUUUCGGCUUCAGGUAUACCUUUCUGAGCAUCAGAAAACUCACACUGAAGAGAAUCCUUUCAAGUGUAAGCUCUGUGGGUCAGCCUUCCCAAAUAAAUAUCAACUUAAUAAACAUCUCACAAUUCAUACUGAUGGGAAACCCUAUCAGUGUAAGGAAUGUGGGAAAUGCUUUCGUCAAAGGUCAAAAUUAACUGAACAUGAGAGUAUUCACACUGGGAAGAAACCCUUCCAGUGUGAAGAAUGUGGGAAAUUCUUUAGGCUUAAUACACUUCUCAUUCAUCAUCAGAAAUCUCACAGUGGUGAGAGACCUUUUGAGUGUAAAGAAUGUGGAAAGGCUUUCCUUCUUCCCAGUCAACUUAAUAGCCAUAAAAUUGUUCAUACAAGUAAAAGACCCUUUGAAUGCAAGGAAUGUGGAAAAUCCUUCAAGCGUGAAUCCAACCUCAUUCAACAUGGCGCUGUUCAUGCUGGUGUGAAAUCAUAUGAAUGCAAUGAGUGUGGGAAAGCUUUUAUUCACCGCUCAAGCCUGUUCCACCAUCGGAAGAUUCAUUCUGAUGAGAAACCUUUUAAGUGUCAGGAAUGUGGAAAGGCCUUCGUAGUUCUGGCAUACCUCAUUCAGCAUCAGAACAUUCAUUCUGGAGAGAAACCAUUUGAAUGUGGGCUGUGUGGGUCAGCCUUCAGAUGUAAGUCCCAGCUCAAUAAACAUCAGAGAAGUCAUACUGAUGUGAAAUUCUUUCAAUGUAUGGAAGAUUGAACAGACAUUGUUUGUGGAACAAAGCUUAGAAUUCAUCAGGGAAUCCAUACUGGUGAGAAGCCCAUUCAGUGUAAUGAAUAUGGGGAAGCUUUUUAAUAUCUUUACAAAAUUCUUAGACAUACUAGAAUUCAUACUGGCAAGAAUUGUCAUGAAUGUAAAGAAUGUGGGAAGUACUUUAUGUUUGGCAGAUACCUUAAAGUACGUCAAAGAAUUUUCACUCACAAGAAACAUUACCACUGUUAAGAAUGUGGAAAGACUUUUAGUUGAAUGUGAAACUUGUUUUGACAUUCUAAAAUAUUAAUAAGUUUUAAGAUAUAAAGAACAUGGAAAGGCCUACAGUAAUUCUAAGCCAUCUGUAUAUCAGAGAAGUCCUACUGGAGAGAAAGCCUAUGACUAUAAGAUGGGAAAAUGUUUAGACUUAGUUCAGCUUUCAUGCGCAGUGGCGAAUUCAUACUGAUAGGAAACCCUAUCAGUGUAAAGAAGUGGAAAGACCUUCAAAUGUAGCUGGGGUCUUCUUUAACAUAAAAAAUGCAUGCUUGUGUCAAACACUAUGAGUGCAAACAUUUCCAGAACUAGCUCGGCUCUUGAAGCUCAUCAGAGAGUCCAUCUAGGUCUGAGACCCUGUGAAUGGGAAGACUCGGUAAAAACCUUUUAUUGUAAAUGGUGAGCUUACACAACAUCAGAAAAUCCACAAUCACCAGGAGUCAUGUGCAUGCAAAGGAGGACAAGCCUCUGUAUGAAAAUGUUACUGAACGGCAGAGAACUCAAUGGGAAGACUGUGACUUAAAAGAAUGUGAGAACUUUAAUCUGCCCCAAGAUUUGGUAAACAUCAGAAUACUGUUUAUGCCAAGAAACCAUUUGGAAUGAGAAUUUGGGAAGUCAGUUGUUCAGAGCAGAUACUCUGUUGAGAAUGUCUCUUAUCAGAAAUCUAGGGAGAAAAGUCUCCUGACAACCUUUUCCCAGCAUUCUAACAGUCAAAUUGACUGAGUUUGUAGAGCCUGUCCCAGGAUGUCCCAGAAGUUAUUGGAAGAAAAGUUGUCCUGUCCUCCCUACGUGGUUAGGGCACAGAACACUGAUAGUUACACUGUGAGCUGCUCCACAUGAAGGACCUGACUCUGCCCUUUUUUCCAGUGGCAGCAACAACAAAGCUGUGAUGGUUCUAAUGUCUGGGAGAAAAGGUUGGAUGCCUACAACUCAGAGUUCUUUCCUUUAAGGAUUGAAGCUAGGUGUGAUGGCUUUUGCCUCUAAUUCCAGAAUAUAAGAGGCUGAGGUAGGAGGAUUACCAGGCAUUUAAGGCAAGCCCGGAUUACAUGUAAUGAAUUCCAGGGUAUCCUGGAGAAGAAAAGCAAAAUAAACAAAAACACAAGCCUAAAGGCUCAGGGAUCUACAGACAAGAGGAGGCAGAAAGAUUGGAAGAGCCAGAGGGGAUGGGUCUUCAAGGAAAUUGUGACUUCUAGACACAACAGAUGGACAUAUGGACUCUCAGAGACUGUGCAGUAUGCACAGGUCCAAGACAGACAGUCUCAACAAUGGCGGUGGAGUGGACCAUGGGCUCCCAUCCCUAACCAGUGGACUAUCUGUAAUUGACACCUGCUAGCAAAUAAAAAAAUCUGUUUUCUCCAAUGCUGUUUCACUGGGUGUAUCAACCAUACCUCAGGACCUAGGAGUAGCUGGCCAGCACAAAAUAAACUUGGUGGUAUUUUUGUGAA